CCACAGCUGGUCCAGGAUUAGGUCCCAAUGGUCAGCCUACCGCUGGACCCAAUGUAGGACCUAAUGGUCAGCCAACAGCUGGUCCAGGAAUGGGACCCGAUGGUCAGCCAACAGCUGGUCCCGGAUUAGGACCUGAUGGAAAACCCACAGCUGGUCCAGGCAUGGGACCAAAUGGUCAACCCACAGCAGGACCAGGACUAGGACCCAAUGGUAAACCCACAGCUGGUCCAGGACUAGGACUCAAUGGUCAGCCGUCAGCUGGUCCAGGACUAGGACCCAAUGGUCAGCCCACAGCUGGACCAGGACUAGGACCCAAUGGUCAACCCACAGCUGGACCAGGACUAGGGCUCAAUGGUCAGCCCACAGCUGGACCAGGAUUAGGACCCAACGGUCAGCCCACAGCUGGUCCAGGAAUGGGACCCAAUGGUCAGCCAACAGCUGGUCCAGGAAUGGGAUCAAAUGGUCAGCCCACAGCAGGUCCAGGAAUGGGACCAAAUGGUCAGCCCACAGCAGGACCAGGACUAGGUACCAAUGGUCAGCCCACUGCCCAGCCAGGUUUAGGACCCAAUGGUACUCCUACCCCAGGUUUGCCAGACAUCGGAACUCCUACGGUAGUAAUCACGCAAUGUACUCAGAGUCAAUUUUCGAAUUGGAUAAACCAAGACAAACCAUCUAGUGGUGAUGGUGACCAUGAGCAGGCAAGUCAGACUGACCUUGAAGACUUCUGUAUUGGUGGAAAGGUCACGAAAAUUGAAUGCUACACAUCUGACGAGGUAAACCCCAUCCCUUUCUACAGCACAGGAGAGAUAGUCACCUGUAACGUGGCAUCUGGUCUCACCUGUCUUAAUUCGGAGAACUACCCGAUAGAUUGUAACGACUAUAAGAUUCGUUAUUACUGCGAAUGUUCACCACAUACAACAUCUGCUGUCACACCUGCAAGGGUUUCCACAACAUCCCUACCCUCUUUCGUCCGUUGCGGCUGGUCUUCCUGGUUGAACAGCUACACUCCAGAAAGUCGCCUAAACAGCGGAGAUUUCGAGACCAUUAAUGGGCUGAAGUACAAGUACGGUCUUUGUAAGGACAUAAUUGAUAUUAAGUGCCGUGUUCGUGGAAGCGAAACACCCCUAGCCAUUGCCGGGCAGAAGGGCGUGACAUGUGAUGUGACCAAUGGACUCAGGUGUUACAACCGUGACCAACAGAAUGGGCAAUGUGAAGACUACGAGGUCCAGGUCAUGUGCUGGAAUAACGACUACUGUAACCCCGGAAUGAUCUCAACAACAUCUGGAACAAAUCUGAUCAUAGAGACAUCCACAGCGGUAUGUGCACCAGGUGAGAGUCUGCAUGCCUGUGCGUACAAAUGCGAGGAUAUGUGCAACAGUCUGUCCAGCCUGACAGACAGCUGCAAGACUAGUGAUGCAUGUGUGGCCAUGUGUAAGACAGACACAUUCGCCUGUGCACCUGGAGAAAAACUCAAAGACAAAGGCACCUGUGUUCCAGAGUCCAUGUGUCCCUGUCGGAAACAAGAUGGCUCCAUCGCCAAGCCCUUCGAGACAUGGACAAAUCCGUUUGAUGAGUGCUCUGUCUGUCGCUGCUUCAACAACACAUUGAGCUGUAUCCGAGAUAAUAACUGCCUGAGUACAACCUUAGGACCUUCCCCUCAGCCUGGAGCAAUCCCCACGUUUAUUCACCCUGCAUGUGCAUGGACGUACUGGAUCAGUGUGGAUUCCCCUGCAAUCGGUGUGGGUGAUAUGGAGUCUCUGUCUGCGAUUCGUGAAGACCAUACAUUCUGUUCGAACCCCGUCCAGGUGGAGUGUCGGGAUGUAGCCACACACACUGAUGCCUCCCUCUCGGGCCAGAAGCUGACCUGUGACCUCCAGACAGGGCUAAAGUGCCUCAACUGGGAAAAUAGCAACAAGUGUAAAGACUAUGAGAUCCGAUUCUUCUGCCCUUGUACAAGCCCUGUCCCAGAAUUAGGAACAAAUGGUCAGCCCACUGCACAACCAGAAUUAGGACCCAAUGGUCAACCAACAGCUGGCCCUGGAUUAGGACCUAAUGGUCAGCCCACAGCAGGCCCAGGAUUAGGACCGAAUGGUCUGCCCACAGCUGGUCCAGGAUUAGGACCCAAUGGUCAGCCCACAGCAGGCCCUGGAUUAGGACCCAAUGGUCAGCCCACAGCUGGCCCUGGAUUAGGACCCAAUGGAAAACCCACAGCUGGUCCUGGAUUAGGACCAAAUGGUCAGCCAACAGCUGGCCCUGAAUUAGGACCCAAUGGUCAGCCCACAGCUGGUCCAGGAUUAGGACCCAAUGGUCAGCCCACAGCUGGUCCAGGAUUAGGCCCCAAUGGUCAGCCCACAGCUGGUCCAGGAGUAGGACCCAAUUGUCAGCCCACAGCUGGUCCAGGAUUAGGACCCAAUGGUCAGCCAACAGCUGGCCCAGGAUUAGGACCCAAUGGUCAGCCCACAGCUGGUCCAGGAUUAGGACCUGCUGGAAAACCCACAGCUGGUCCAGGAUUAGGACCAAAUGGUCAGCCCACAGCUGGUCCAGGGUUAGGACCCAAUGGUCAGCCCACAGCUGGUCCAGGACUGGGACCUCAUGGUCAGCCCACAGCUGGUCCAGGAUUAGGACCUAAUGGUAAGCCCACAGCUGCCCCAAUAUGUGGGUGGUCUUCAUGGAUUAAUACAGAUAGUCCAACAGUUAUGAAACCUGGUAAAGUGUUGGCUGGAGACUUUGAAUCACUGUCAAGUAUGAGGAAUUCCAUGACUCUUUGUACCUUCCAACAGAUGACAAGAAUUGAAUGUCGCAUUGCUAAGAACCACUUGCCCUACACUGCUAGUGGUGAUAUUGUCACCUGUGACAGAAUACGAGGUCUCAGGUGUAGAAAUGAAUUACAGCAAGAUAAGAAAUGUCAAGACUAUGAGGUUCGUGUUUUCUGCGACUGUAAGAUUUUUCCAACAGCUGGUCCAGGAUUAGGACCCAAUGGUCAGCCGACAGCAGCCCCAGUAUUAGGACCUAAUGGAAAACCCACAGCAGGACCAGGAUCUGGACCAAAUGGACAGCCCACAGCUGGUCCAGGAGUAGGACCAAAUGGCAAACCUACGGCAGGACCAGGAUUAGGACCUAAUGGUCAUCCCACAGCAGGUCCAGAAGUAGGACCCAAUGGUCAUCCAACAGCAGGUCCAGGACUAGGACCCAAUGGUCAUCCCACAGCAGGUCCAGGAGUAGGACCCAAUGGUCAUCCAACAGCAGGUCCAGGAGUAGGACUCAAUGGUCAUCCAACAGCUGGUCCAGGAUUAGGACCAAAUGGUAAGCCUACAGCAAGCCCUCCAGUUUGUGGAUGGUCAACCUGGAUGAAUGGAAAUAAGCCUAAUGAUGUGGCUGAGUUGGAACUGUUUGUUGAUCUGCGACACCAGUACAGUUUCUGUGACACUGAUGACAUCACUGCUAUAGAGUGUAGGCGGACUGGCACCUCCCUGUCCUACACAGAGGCUGGACAGUCUGGAAUUAUCUGUGAUUUCCACAGAGGUGGGCUCACCUGUGUCAACAGUAGACAGACAACCACGGGAGGACGUUGCUAUGACUAUGAGGUUCGGGUGUUCUGUGAGCCCCGUGGAGUGGACUGUUCAACACUACCAGUCCCUGGUAAUCAAAGUAAGCCCACAGCUGGUCCAGCAUUAGGACCUGAUGGAAAACCCACAGCUGGUCCAGGAGUAGGACCCAAUGGUCAGCCCACAGCUGGACCAGGAUUAGGACCAGAUGGAAAACCCACAGCUGGACCAGGAGUAGGACCCAGUGGUCAGCCCACAGCUGGACCAGGAUUAGGACCAGAUGGAAAACCCACAGCUGGACCAGGAGUAGGACCCAGUGGUCAGCCCACAGCUGGACCAGGAUUAGGACCAGAUGGAAAACCCACAGCUGGACCAGGAGUAGGACCCAAUGGUCAGCCCACAGCUGGACCAGGAUUAGGACCUGAUGGAACACCUACAGCUGGUCCUGGAGUGGGACCAAAUGGGCAACCUACAGCUGGUCCAGGAUUAGGACCCAAUGGUCAACCCACAGCAGGUCCAGUCCCUGGUAAACAAAGUAAGCCCACACCUGAUCUAGGAUUAAUACCACCAUCUUGGGGAAACACAGCUGGACCAGGAAUGGGACCAAAUGGUCAACCCACUGCUGGUCCAGGAUUAGGACCCAAUGGUCAACCCACAGCAGGUCCAGUCCCUGGUAGUCAAAGUAAGCCCACACCUGAUCUAGGAUUAAUACCACCAUAUUGGGGAAACACAGCUGGACCAGGAAUGGGACCAAAUGGUCAACCCACUGCUGGUCCAGGAGUAGGACCCAAUGGUCAGCCCACAGCUGGACCAGAAUUAGGACCCAAUGGUCAACCCACAGCUGGACCGGGAUUAGGACCUGAUGGAAAACCCACAGCUGGUCCAGGAGUAGGACCCAACGGUCAACCCACAGCUGGACCAGGAUUAGGACCAAACGGUCAACCCACAGCUGGACCAGGAUUAGGACCUGAUAAGAAGCCAACAGCUGGUCCAGGAUUUGGACCAAAUGGUCAACCCACAGCAGGUCCGGGAUUGGGACCAAAUGGUCAGCCCACAGCAGGUCCAGGAGUAGGACCCAAUGGUCAGCCCACAGCUGGUCCAGGCCUUGGACCCAAUGGUAAGCCAACAGCUGGUCCAGGAUUUGGAACAAAUGGUCAACCUACUGCUGGUCCAGAUAUAGGACCCAAUGGUCAUCCCACAGCUGGUCCAGGCUUAGGACCAAACGGAAAGCCAACAGCUGGUCCAGGAUUUGGACCAAAUGGUCAACCCACAGCAGGUCCAGGAUUGGGACCAAAUGGUCAGCCCACAGCAGGUCCAGGAGUAGGACUCAAUGGUCAUCCCACAGCUGGUCCAGGCCUAGGACCCAAUGGUCAACCUACAGCUGGUCCAGGAAUAGGAUCCAAUGGUCAUCCCACAGCUGGUCCAGGAUUUGGACCAAAUGGUCAACCCACAGCUGGUCCAGGAUUUGGACCAAAUGGUCAACCCACAGCAGGUCCAGUAGUAGGACCCAAUGGUCAGCCUACAGCUGGUCCAGGACUAGGACCCAAUGGUCAGCCCACAGCCCAGCCAACGAUCUGCUCCUUUACACUAUCACCAUGGAUAAACCAAGUGAACCCCAACACCGCUGACGGAGACCAUGAGGUGUCUGCACUGGAGUACCAGAAACAGACUGACUUCUGUAGCCUUGGCACCAUCAGUGGAAUAGAAUGUUGGGACGAGACCCUCAAUGCUCCUGCUGAAUCCUCUGGGGAGAUCAUCAAGUGUUCUGUUACUGAUGGACUUGUGUGUAACAAUGCCGACAACUUCCCUGUCCCCUGUACCGACUACAAGAUCAGAUAUAGAUGUGAUGUCUGCCAUCUUCAGCCUACAGCUGCCCCAGGAGUAGGACUGAAUGGUCAACCAACAGCUGGUCCAGGAUUUGGACCCAAUGGUCAACCUACAGCUGGUCCAGGAAUAGGGCUUAAUGGUCAUCCCACAGCAGGUCCAGGAGUAGGACUCAAUGGUCAUCCCACAGCUGGUCCAGGCCUAGGACCCAAUGGUCAACCUACAGCUGGUCCAGGAAUAGGAUCAAAUGGUCAUCCCACAGCUGGUCCAGGAUUUGGACCAAAUGGUCAACCCACAGCAGGUCCAGUAGUAGGACCCAAUGGUCAGCCUACAGCUGGUCCAGGACUAGGACCCAAUGGUCAGCCCACAGCAGGUCCAGUAGUAGGACCCAAUGGUCAGCCUACAGCUGGUCCAGGACUAGGACCCAAUGGUCAGCCCACAGCCCAGCCAACGAUCUGCUCUGUGUCAGUAUCACCAUGGAUAAACCAAGUGAACCCCAACACCGCUGACGGAGACCAUGAGGUGUCUGCACUGGAGUACCAGAAACAGACUGACUUCUGUAGCCUUGGCACCAUCAGUGGAAUAGAAUGUUGGGACGAGACCCUCAAUGCUCCUGCUGAAUCCUCUGGGGAGAUCAUCAAGUGUUCUGUUACUGAUGGACUUGUGUGUAACAAUGCCGACAACUUCCCUGUCCCCUGUACCGACUACAAGAUCAGAUAUAGAUGUGAUGUCUGCCAUCUUCAGCCUACAGCUGCCCCAGGAGUAGGACUGAAUGGUCAACCAACAGCUGGUCCAGGAUUUGGACCCAAUGGUCAACCUACAGCUGGUCCAGGAAUAGGGCUUAAUGGUCAUCCCACAGCAGGUCCAGGAGUAGGACUCAAUGGUCAUCCCACAGCUGGUCCAGGCCUAGGACCCAAUGGUCAACCUACAGCUGGUCCAGGAAUAGGAUCAAAUGGUCAUCCCACAGCUGGUCCAGGAUUUGGACCAAAUGGUCAACCCACAGCAGGUCCAGUAGUAGGACCCAAUGGUCAGCCUACAGCUGGUCCAGGACUAGGACCCAAUGGUCAGCCCACAGCCCAGCCAACGAUCUGCUCUGUGUCAGUAUCACCAUGGAUAAACCAAGUGAACCCCAACACCGCUGACGGAGACCAUGAGGUGUCUGCACUGGAGUACCAGAAACAGACUGACUUCUGUAGCCUUGGCACCAUCAGUGGAAUAGAAUGUUGGGACGAGACCCUCAAUGCUCCUGCUGAAUCCUCUGGGGAGAUCAUCAAGUGUUCUGUUACUGAUGGACUUGUGUGUAACAAUGCCGACAACUUCCCUGUCCCCUGUACCGACUACAAGAUCAGAUAUAGAUGUGAUGUCUGCCAUCUUCAGCCUACAGCUGGCCCAGGAUUAGGACCCAAUGGUCAGCCCACAGCCGGUCCAGGACUUAAUGUUAAUGGUUAUCCCACAGCUGGACCUGGAUUUGGACCAAACGGUCUGCCCACAGCUGGGCCAGUGUUAGGACCCAACGGUCAGCCAACAGCUGGUCCAGUAGUAGGACCCAAUGGUCAGCCUACAGCUGGUCCAGGACUCGGACCCAAUGGUCAGCCCACAGCCCAGCCAACGAUCUGCUCUGUGUCAGUAUCACCAUGGAUAAACCAAGUGAACCCCAACACCGCUGACGGAGACCAUGAGGUGUCUGCACUGGAGUACCAGAAACAGACUGACUUCUGUAGCCUUGGCACCAUCAGUGGAAUAGAAUGUUGGGACGAGACCCUCAAUGCUCCUGCUGAAUCCUCUGGGGAGAUCAUCAAGUGUUCUGUUACUGAUGGACUUGUGUGUAACAAUGCCGACAACUUCCCUGUCCCCUGUACCGACUACAAGAUCAGAUAUAGAUGUGAUGUCUGCCGUCCAGCUCCUACCCUGAGUGUGACAACAACCUCUGGAACACCUUCUGUGACCCCUGCACCAGUCUGUGAAAACCCUAUGGACAAAGGCACAGUGAUAGAUAUGUCCAAUGCUGUUCUGAGUGCCUCGACAAGCCAGUCCGCUCUGACUGGUCCACAACACUCCCGUCUCACGGACCAAGCUUGGGUGUCCGGCACCAACGACAAGUCACAGUGGAUUAGGGUUGACCUUGGACAGCCCAAGGUCAUCAUGGGACUCACCAGCAAGGGUCACAAAACACAGCCAUCAUGGGUCAAGGCGUACUACAUCAUGUAUUCUGUAGAUGGUGGACGCUUCUCUUACUACUCGGAGAAUGGUCAACCCAAGCUGAUCGGUGGAAACUUCGACUCCAACAGUGCUGUGAAACAGAACUUAGUACCAUUUGUGGCUCGUUAUGUACAGAUAAUACCUGCUGUCUGGGAAGGCGCCAUUGCACUUCGCUGGCAAUUGUAUGGAUGUACAGGUACACCAACAGUAGCACCUCAUCCUGAUGGUUCUGGAUUACCCACUGCUUCACCUCCAAAUCACACAGGACAGCCAACUCUGGCCCCAGUAGGUCAAACAGGAAAGCCAACACCAGCCCCUGUACCAUGUGACAAACGCUGGUCGCAGUGGCUGAACCGCGACAACCCCACAAGUGGUGACAUGGAGCACGAAGCCAUGACACCUGCUGAGAAGAAACAGUUCUGUCCUGGAGGAAACGUGACCAAAAUACAGUGUAUGACGAAAGAAGGCAUCGAGUUCGCCAGUGCUGGAGAGAUCGCCACCUGCCAUCUUGACUCUGGUCUGACCUGUAACAACGCUGAUAACUUCCCUAUACCUUGUAGUGACUAUAAGGUCCAAUAUUGGUGUGACUGUGCUGUCAAUCCCAUGGUGGGAAAGUUUGGAAACCCAACUCUAGGACCAGCUGGUCAAACUGGUCAGCCAACUAUGGCCCCAGUAGGUCAAACAGGAAAGCCAACACCAGCCCCUGUACCAUGUGACAAACGCUGGUCGCAGUGGCUGAACCGCGACAACCCCACAAGUGGUGACAUGGAGCACGAAGCCAUGACACCUGCUGAGAAGAAACAGUUCUGUCCUGGAGGAAACGUGACCAAAAUACAGUGUAUGACAAAAGAAGGCAUCGAGUUCGCCAGUGCUGGAGAGAUUGCCAGCUGCUACCUUGAUAGUGGUCUGACAUGUAACAAUGCUGAUAACUUCCCUAUUCCUUGUAGUGACUAUAAGGUCCAAUAUUGGUGUGACUGCGCUGACAUUCCUACACCAGCACCCCCUCACAGCGCUGUGAAUCCUACAGCCGUUUCUGUGACCCCCGCCAAUAGCAUUCCUACUGCCUGUAAGGAACAGAUGGGAAUGCAGAACCACCAGAUCCGUGAUGACAUGAUUACAGCCUCAUCCUCGCGUGAUGCUAACUCCGCCCCAUACAAGGCUCGUCUUGGAGGACCCACAGCAUGGACUGCAGCCAUUGAUAACAAGAACCAAUUUGUACAGGUUGACUUCCUACAGUCAUCCCUGAUCUCCGGGUUAACCACCCAGGGCCGCCCUAAUAUACCGUCCUAUGUGACGUCAUACUACGUGCGUUACUCAACAGACGGCCUCAACUGGAACACGUACAGAGAGGAUGGAGCAGAGAAGUUGUUCAACGGUAACUUCGACUCUGUCACUCCCAUUACACACUUCUUCUCCAACCCGAUCCGAGCUCGCUACAUCAGGAUAAAUCCACAGAGCUACCAUGGAAAGGUUACGAUGAGGUUUGAAAUCCACGGCUGUUUUGUCUCUUACCCAAUGACAACUGCAGGCACUCCAGGAAAGAUACCUACCCCUCUUCCUACCAAAGCUGUUGAUGAAAGCUGUGUAGAUUACGAUGCUUGGGUAAAUAUAGGCCAACCCACUCCACUCAGUGGUGGAGAUUUCGAGAGGAUUGAAAAAGUGAAGGCCGCUUCACAGAAUUGUCACAGUCCAAUGAAGAUUGAGUGCCGCACGGCCACUGGAGUGGCAUACAACGAGACCGGUCAAGUGGUCAGCUGUAAUCUGUGGCAGGGAUUGGUUUGCAACAACGCUGACCAGGCAGACAGUCAUGGUUGUUUCGACUACAAGGUCAGACUUGGGUGUCUGCGCAACAGUCCCGAGUGUGUGCCACCCAUCCCACGUCCAACCCCGUCUAUGGCCCCGAUGAUGGGAUCUACUGUUUUCGUCACUAACAAAUACAACGGAUCUGUGUGCUUUGAAGGUAUUGAUACAUCACGCUGUCCAGUGAAUGGAUGUGCCCCAGGUCUCGUCUGUGAUGGCAUGACCUGUGUGAGGAAAUCGGAAUGUACCUGUCUCAUCGAGGGCAAACUUGUUCGGCCUGGUGACAUGAUGGAGAAUUCCCAGUGUGAGACAUGCCAGUGUUUCGCUGGACAAGUGUCCUGUCUGCCCAAACAGUGUCCUCUAUGUAUGGACGGCUACACCAAAGGUUUCAACGUCUCCACCUGUGAAUGUUCUUGUGUCACAUGUGAUGCCAGUGAGUUCCGCUGUGGAAACGGUCAGUGUAUCCCCGCCGUUGCCAAGUGUGAUGGAGUCAUUGACUGUAUCGAUGACGAGCUGUCAUGCGUUGUCGUGCCCUUGUUCACCCCCCCAGUCACACCCAGUGCUGCUCCCCCUGGAGGUUCACUGGGAACCCCCACAGUUGGACCAGAUGUUAACAAGGUCACACCUACCCGCGCCCCAGGAAUUCCAACAAAGCCAAUCCCAGGUCAUGACAUGUACUCUACUCCAAGUACAUCUAACUGUGUUAGUGGAUGGUUAUCUUGGUACAACGAGAACAACAGGACAAGUGAUGGAGACAUUGAACCCUCAGCCGCUCUAUACCAGAAACACACAGGAGCCUGUGCUGGUGGAACACUCGACCGAAUUGAAUGCUUCUCGAUCGACAUGAAUGUUCCGUCCUACUCAACAGGGGAGAUAAUUCAGUGUACCACUGAUAUUGGUCUGUCGUGCCAGGAUAUCGAUAAUUUCCCUAUACAAUGUACAAACUACAAGAUCAGAUAUCACUGCCAGUGUUCAACGGCUGUGACACCAAAUCCAACUCCAGCCCUUACUGCCAUACCAACUUCAGACCACUGCAGCACAUCUGCUUGCCAGCCAUUAGUACGACCAUUCCUUCAAGAAGGUGAGGUAGCCCAGAUAGUGAAAACAGAGGAUGGUUGUUGUGAUCGUUACCAGGCAGUGUGCAAGCCUGACCACUGUAGCACCUCCCAGGUUACUUGUACCACGCCCCACGUCAUGGCCGCCAUCAAUCCUGGCGAGUGUUGUCUCCAUUUCAGAUGUGAUUGCCCAACCACCUGUCCUACCCCCGUACGCCCAUCAUGUCGUCCAGGUUCAAUCGUCACAAUGGUGGACACCGACUGUAACUGUUCCAUGUAUGCCUGUGUACCUAAACCUACUCCCACUCCACAGCCCAGUGUCUGUCGCUACACCUCAGGUUUUGUCAACGCCACUGCGGUACCUAACCCUGCACCAUACCCAGUCACACACCAGGUUGGCGAGACCUGGAAAGAUGGAAUGUGUAAAACAUGCCAGUGUACACUUGAUAAGGCUGAUGGAAGCAGUGAGACGGUGUGUCACAGCGAGACAUGUCCCGACUGUAAACUGGGAGAGGAGCGAGUUAAUGCUACUGACCAGUGCUGUGGUCAGUGUAGGUCUGUUGGCUGCGUGGCCAAUGGUCAAGUCUUCAAGGAUGGUCAAUCCCUACCCGGAGCUCAGCGAUGUUACUCCAAAGUGUGUGACUUUGAUGUGAGCAGUACCAGCUAUCUCAUACGGGAAACACAGCUUGAUUGUCGCACUGACAACCUACCAACAUGCAAAGGGAACCAGACAGAGUAUGACAGCACUGGAUGCUGUAAGACUUGUGUAGUCAGAGCAACUGCAAGCCAGACUUGUUCAGAGUGUUCGCCACAUCUAAUGUUCGGUCAACCAGCUGCCACUGUAGGAUUUUUCAAGGUCACGAGGAACAAUGUCAUCUGUCAGAAUACGGAACCGAUUCAAGAUCUCACAGAGUGUUCUGGUUACUGUCAAUCUCGCGCGAAAUACACUACACUGAUGCGUGGCUUUGACAACAACUGUAACUGUUGUCAACCUCAGAACACUGUCGCACAUAAUGUCACCCUUCACUGCACAGACGGCACAACAUUCCCCAAAAUGUACACAGUGCCAACAUCCUGUGGCUGUAGUGCAUGUACAGGUGGGGCCUGAAAAUAGACAGAUGUCAAUAUGACCCACCCAAGGACUACUUACCAGUGACUGAUACAAGGACUACGAUACUUUAGUGUAAUAAUGUAAUAUUUCCAGGGCUGUGCUAGAUUUGUUCUACACCAGGAUUGUUUGGUGUAGUGAUUGUGCCCUGUUUUCUUUGUUGUAUUUAUUGAGGGUUAUGCUAUGAAUCUCUAUGAUAGAAAAUAUCAGCCCUCCCAUCAUCGCUAUAUGUCACCUAUAAUAAAUUAUGUACAUGCUC